AUGGAACGCUUACAGCACCGACCGUUAUCAGCUCUUCGUAGGUUGCAACGGGGCGGAUAUAAUAAUGCCGUGACAAGUCACGAUAGCGGUCGAGGCGGUCUCACGGCGACGCGGUUAACAAUCGUUCAAUUUGUUGAGUCGGCGUCCGAGCGCGCACAAUGCAUCGCACGCGACGAUACGGACUCAUACAUGGGGCUGGAUAACGCGCAGCAAUCAAGAUGUCAUUUUUCAACUACCCACGCCGCGGACUCCGGUGCGAGCGGGCGAGUUAUGGCCGAAGCGGACGCACCGUCCGACGCACAAAGGCGUCUCGGGGUUGUCGCGAUACAUAUC